GACGUCAAACCAAGCCAACCAAGCAGUCGGUAUUUUUUCAGAUUUUAUUUUCUAAGAAAAACAGUAUUAAUUAAAAUUUUGAGUGAAGAAUGUCUUUCCUAACAGAAUAUUUCGAUGAGUAUCGGCCACAUCCCAUUCGGAAAACUAAAAUGUGCCGCCCUGAAAACAGAUGGGCGAAACUGGAGGGGAAAUGGCUGGACCCGCGAGUGGGCUCGGAAGAUGUUAGUGAAAGUAUGGUCGGAGGAGGAAAUCGAGCAGUUCAUCAAGGACACGAUGAGGAGUCUGCGCGGACAGUCCACCUACUACAACGACUACUGUGCUCAUCUGUCACCUGAAUUCAAAACCAGACCAUUCAAGCCCCGAGAGAAGAAACGCCGGCCGUGUAAGCCUGAGGAUGUGGUGGUGGAGGAGACGACUCUACCGCCUGCUCCCAAACUUGCCAUCAAGGAUACAGAGCUGAUGAAGGUAGCUCGCGAACUGUACGAGCGGGACAUGGACAAGCCUACCCUGGAACCACUGCCUACACAUCCAAGGAUCCUCGGCUACGUCCGACCGUCUCUAUACAAAACUGGAAUUAGCGAAUACCAGCAAAGCGUAGCACGUUUGGCGUACGAAAUGAUUCGCGAUGAUCGCUUGCCACGCUACUACGCGCACAACGGCUGCCGGCCGCGGUGGGCACUGCCGCCUGAGGGCGUCAGGCAACCAGAGCUCGACGUAGCUCCUUAUGAUGGAGAGAGAUUGUACUGACAGAGUUAACGGCUGAAAAUCUGAAACCAGUUGGUUUUACGCCAAGAAGAAAUCUAUAUGGUUACGAGACAUCGCAUCGGUGCUCUUAGGUACUUUAUUUUUUGUAGACCUGUAUUUUUGUGCCAAUCAUGUUUUUUUACAUUAUUUUUGUUUACAAAUAAUAAAUUUACUAUUUAAUGAA